AUGACGGAUUCAUGCGAAACAAAAGUCUCGUCACUUUACGCCAUCGACACAGAAUACAGUGCCGAUUCAAUCGAAUUCUUUCCAUUUGAAUUAUUUUCAUCGUCGCCACCAUCAUCGUUAUCGAAAUUAGGAUACUUUGCUUGUGGAACGUAUCAAUUAAAAUUACAAGAGUCGGAGAAAGUGCCGACACGUAGCAGUAGUCUUCGUCUGGGAAGACUAUUGUUAUAUGAAGUAAAAGAAGAAGAAAGUGGUGACGAUCGAGUUGAGAUUCUCGAAGCUCAAAGAAUUGAAAUGGCCGCUAUCCUCGAUAUGAAAUGGUCACAUCAACGAAUUCACGAUGUUGGAGUUCUGGCGGUGGCAGACGCGUCGGGAUCAGUUUCGCUAUUCAAAUUCAAUGAAGAAAAUAAUCGACUAGACCUUGCUACCAACAUCAAAUUAAGUAACUAUAACCAACACGAUAAUAAUGAUGAAGACGAAGGCGAAACAUUGUGUCUUUCACUUGAUUGGUCAAAUCGAUCAUUAUCACCCAGUGCACCUAUUAGUAUAAUAGUAACCCAAAACGACGGAAGCGCCUCAAUACUUACCGUUGACGCCCAAAGAGGAGGAAUGACAAAAACUCGACAAUGGAAAGCACACGAUUUCGAGGCGUGGAUAGGGGCAUUUAAUUACUGGAGCCCGAAUUUGAUUUAUACCGGUGGCGAUGAUUGUCGAUUAAAAGGAUGGGACUUGCGAAUGGAGUCUUUUUCACCGUUGUUUAAUGGCUCGAGACAUUCGGCAGGAGUAUGCAGCAUUCAAUCGAACCCACACCGCGAACAUCAACUAGCUACUGGAAGGCAAGCCUACGACGAAUACAUUCUCCUAUGGGACACGAGAAACAUGUCAUGUCCCAUAGCAGAGUAUAUCACAGAUGGUGGUGUAUGGAGACUUAAAUGGCAUCCGACACGCGGCGAUCUGUUACUGGCUGCGUUUUACGGUAUUGAUUGGUGUUGCUAUUCUCAAAGUGUUAAUAGAAAUAAUGGAAGAAGCGAGAGAGAAGACAAGUCUCUGAUUGCUAGUUGUUCUUUUUAUGAUCACGUCGUGCAUCUAUGGAGAAAUAAUGGAUCUUUGUCGUCAUUGUCAUCAAGCAUCGUUUGA